AUGCAGGCUCUCCCUGGUCCGGAAUUUGAAUCCGGGUGGGCUGUGACAACCGACCUAGCGGGAGAGGACAGUCCCCAUUCCGAGGCCCCGGGACUGGAGCCAAGCGAGCAGGGAGAGAUAGGAGAGGGGGUCGGGGAUCCCAGCCCCCAGUCCCUGCGAGGGUCGGGAUCCCCCAUUGACGAGGAGGUGCCCUUCCCGAACAGUACCUGGGGCUCCCAGCCUGUCUUGGCCCUGAGGAGACCCCCCUUUACCCACAGGUCCCUGCCGGGCUGCCUCCCUGCUCUAGCUGGCUCCCAAGUGAAGAGGCUGUCAGCCUCCAGGCGAAAGCAGCACUUCAUCAACCAGGCCGUGCGGAACUCGGACCUCGUGCCCAAGGCCAAGGGGCGGAAGAGCCUCCAGCGCCUGGAGAACACACAAUACCUCCUGAGCCUGCUGGAGGCAGAUGAGGGCCCGCUGGGGCCUGAGGACGGGGAGCUGGCACCCCCCGCGGCACCUGGCAUCUUCGCAGAGGCCUGCAGCAACGCCACCUACGUGGAGGUCUGGAACGACUUCAUGAACCGCUCUGGGGAGGAGCAGGAGCGGGUGCUCCGCUACCUGGAGGACGAGGCCAAGAGCAAGCCCCGGAGGAGGGCGCCGGGCCGGGCCGAGGACCGGCGCCGAGACCACCCGGCCUACACGCCCCGUGAGUGCUUCCAGCGCAUCAGCCGCCGCCUGCGGGCCGUCCUGAAGCGGAGCCGCAUCCCCAUGGAGACACUGGAGACCUGGGAAGAGCGGCUGCUGGGGUUCUUUUCGGUGUCCCCCCAGGCCGUCUACACGGCCAUGCUGGACAGCAGCUUCGAGAGGCUCCUGCUCCAUGCCAUCUGCCAGUACAUGGACCUCAUCUCGGCCAGCGCUGACCUGGAGGGCAAGCGGCAGAUGAAGGUCAGCAACCGGCACCUGCAGUUCCUGCCGCCCGGGCUGCUCCUGUCCGCCUACCUGGAGCAGCGCAGCUGAUGGCGGCCCCCGCGACCCCGCUGCGCCCCGCGGGGCUUGUCCUGGGAACGCUCCUCUCCCCUUUGGGGUGUCCUCCCCGCCCCGCCCCUCCCUGCCUGGCGCUCGCAGAUGAGCGCUGGCGGCCUGAGCCACCCCAGCUGGUCCCACGGUGGGACUUUUAUUUGGGUGGGGAGACCCAGCCUGGGCAUUUUCUCAUUUUUAAUUCAUUCAGUUUAUUUGGCCCAGUCUGGCGUUCAAAUGAGGAGGGAGAGGCCCGGUUUUUUUUAUCACUUUUAAUGAAUUUGGCAUCAUUUAUUGUAGAUUUUUAAAUUUUCCUCUCUAAGAGGAAAAUCCCAUACCCUGCCCCAGCCGAUACAUGGUGGGACUUGGCCGCAGCCCCUGCUCGACCCCCUCCGGUGUUUGGCUCGGGUGGGGGGUCUCUGGGGUCCCACCGCAGCCCCAGCGCAAUGUCGUGUGUGUGUGUGUGUGUGUGCACGCGUGUGCGCCUUGCGACCCAGGACAGGAGCUGUUUCAAGGGCUGGUUUUACCCUCUUGCCGGAACGCCUGAACUCCCCUGGUGCCUUUUGGCCGACAUGGUUUUGCUUGUGUGACGUGAGGGCAGCUCGGAGGGCCCCGUCGGACCCCCACGCUCUCCGGCCCUCUCUGCUACCCCCCUUCACACGGGGGUCUGGGACUUCCAGCCAGAAGCCCCCACCCCCAGCUGACCCGAUCCCCACCCCUGUCCUCUCUGCCCCCCACCCUGGCUCGGGCCUGUGGAUCAGGGUGUUUCUAACCCCCUGGGCUGCAGGUCAAGGCUGGGAACCCCCUCCCCAACUCCCACAUUGUGGCUAAGUUGUGCUUUUGGGAAAAUGGAAGGUUCAAUAAAAUUCUGGUGCUCUGGCCUCGG